CAGCCGAGUCAAUCAGUCCUCUUCAGCUCACCUUCUUCCUUUUCUUCUUCUCUCCUUUCAAUCCUUCUUCUGAAUUUCUGCCAAUUCUCUUGGUCCUUCCAAUCUCCAAGUCCAGGGCGGCAUGGAAUCAGUAAGGUUUUGCGUGAUGAGGGCGUCCCAAGGCUAGUUCAGAGACCACUAGAAAAUUGCUUGGACUGGGAAAAUUAGCAAGCGAUGCGCACGCUUUACUAUAAAGAAAUAUCAACAGGACCAGCCAACCCGACUUGGAAGUCGAUGAGGGAGAUGGUUACCUUUGCCAGGACCUGCUGAGUUGGAGCGAGAUCCGUUGUGGAAAUUCCAUGUUAGAGAUUUUAAGUAUAUCCUUUGUAAAGUUGUUGAAGAGGAUGGACAAGGUUGGCUAAACAGAAGCAUUGUAAUGUGUUUGGUCUACAAUUUCCCUCCUACUUGCAUCGCAAGGUUUUUGGAACUGUAUGUCGUAAAAAAUAAAAAAAUUCAUCAUUGGGCCCAAAUUAUCCUCGACAACACCAAUAUAAAAUAGCCAUAUACGUUACGUGCUAUGCUUGUAGACAGUUUUUCAGCUGUAGCGAGCCAUUUGAAAGUAUAAACUGCUGAACCAGUUGUAAACAUAAGUCUUCUUCUAUUCUUCCAUAAUGACAAGCCCAAAGAGCUUUUCUUGUUGCAUUUGCCGCCUUUUUUCAAGAACAUCGACUUCGGAAGCCUCACCACGAAAAACAACCAGUUUGGCCGCCUACGGCCUUAGCAGCCGGCAGCUGAAGCAACUACUCCCCUCUAAUUUUGCGGCUGUGUCUCCACCACCGCCUCUCAACAAUGAUAUCCUUGUCGAGAUCCUCUCGAGGCUCCCCGCCAAAUCUCUACCCCGCCUCCAGUGCGUGUGCAAGUCAUGGCGCGCCUUGAUCUCCGAUUCUCAUUUUGUCAUGAAGCACCUCAUCCACGCAGCGGCCACGUGCAGCACCAACAACAGCCUCACCCUCUUUCUCUCGUCUACUCGUCUCUAUUCCAUAGUCUCCGUAGGAUUGGACAAGGAUCAUGUUCAUGUUGCAAACAGAGAGCUUGAUUUGCCGGUGAAGAUCCCAGAUAUUUUGAUCACAAGAAUUGUGGGAUCUUGCAACGGUUUGAUUUGCCUGCAAGUCAACUACACCAACAUUGUCAUAUGGAACCCGUGCACCGGACACUCCAAGCUCUUGCCGAAGCCUUCUUCUCUUCUUUCCGGCUUCUUGUUUUUCGGGUUCGGCUACGAUUCGACCACGGAUGACUACAAGGUCAUCCGAGGGUCGAGAACCGCGCUUUCCAAGGAGACUGUGGUUGAGGUUUUCUCUCUCAGAACCAAUUCAUGGUGGAGGAGUCGCAAUAAAGACCAUGGCCAUGGCUAUGUUUGCUUGAAUGGGAAGGGCUGCUUUUUUAAUGGAGCUCUGUAUUGGGUAGAGCUUCAAUGGGCAGGGGGCCCUCGUCCCAUUGGUUCUAGGAUUUUGUCUUUUGAUUUGGCGGAGGAGAAGUUUCAGGAGACGGUGUCGUUGCCCUACCUUGGCAAGGAAGAAAACUGUGUCUUCGCUGGGAUUGGGGUCAGUAGAAAUUCUCUGUUUGUAUACUCCGACCCGAUGGGCUCGGAUCUUAGAAUAUGGGUUAUGAAGGAAUAUCGGGUCAGAGAAUCUUGGGCUGAACCCAUAGAAAUUUAUUUGGAUCAGAUUUUACCAGAAGAGGUUGAUGAAUCGUUCUUGAGGCCUUUGUGUAUUUUAGAGAGUGGAGAAGUUUUGUUGGGUUAUAAUCGAAAUAUCUUGGUAUUGUAUAAUCCCAAGGGAAAGACGUUUCGAAGUAUUGCUAUUGGGACUCAGUCGGAUGUAACCAUUUACAUGGAAACUUUGAUUACUCCGGCAACCGGCAGGGGCUCUGACGUGUGAACGAAACCCAAUUAUUUUGUUGGUGAGCUAGCGGAUCAUAUUUCCAUAAUGCUCAAGGAAAAACCCUACAAAGUAUUUGAAGGGAUUUGAGAAAAGGCUGCAGGAGGAGGUGCACAGCCUUUGGAGAAACAAAAUAAUGAAAAAGCCAAGCAAAUUAGUUGCUUAAUCAUAUGUUUGAUGGCACAAUGUGUAUUUCUUUGAUCCUUUUUCUGUAUUUUUCACUUCUUAUGCUAAUAUAAGUGUCUUGUACAAGAUUUAUACAUACAAAAAUAAAAAAAUUUGAGGUU